CGUGUCAGUUGUGGAUUUGCGCUUAACUCACUAGUUAACCCAAACGGAGUGUUUCAAGCUAUGAAAGUACGGUUCGUUGCCUUUGUGUGUCUUAUGCUCAUUGGAGCGGCCAGUGUGACGGCUAACCCUAAGCCCGGCGGAGGAAGUAGCUGGUCCUCUGGAGGAAGUGGAGGCGGUUGGUCAUCGGGAGGUGGUGGCGGUGGUGGCCAUGGCGGCGGAGGAGACGUACAAAUUAUUAAAGUUAUUACCGAGAGUGGGUCAUCUGGUGGCGGCGGGGGAGGAGGUGGAUGGUCCUCUGGAGGCGGCGGAGGAGGAGGUGGAUGGUCUUCUGGCGGCGGCGGGGGAGGAGGUGGAUGGUCUUCUGGAGGUGGCGGGGGUGGCUGGUCCUCAGGGGGAGGCGGCGGAAGCGGCAGCGAUGUAAAACUCAUCAAAAUCAUUAGUCUCGGAGGCGGUGGAGGAGGACAUAGUGGUGGUGGAGGAGGCUGGUCUUCAGGAGGAGGAGGCGGAGGUUGGUCAUCAGGUGGUAGUGGUGGCCACGGAAGUAGCGGAGGUGGCGACACCAAGGUCAUCAAAAUCAUCAAACUGAGCUCUGGAGGCCAUGGAGGUGCCGGCGGCGGUGGCGGCCACGGAGGCGGCGGUGGUGGCGGUUGGCAACCCGCUGGAGGUUGGGCCUAAUCCUAGUCCAAUCCUAGAAAGCCGUCAAAUCAAUCUUCAACCACUUUUGUAAAUACUGUAUAUAUGCAUCCAAGAUAAAUUUUUUUUGUUAUUGUUAUAUAAAUUAUGUAGCAAAAGGUACUUGCUUGUAAAAACCAAUUUGUUUAAUUAAUAAAUGUACCCCAGUACACACAAUAUAGGCGAGAAAAAAUGGAAAUUGGAUUAGUACUUAGUACUUAAUUUUUAUUUUGAAAGUCCCAAGAGUAGACGUUUCAAAAAGGGAACAAAAAACAUAGCGAAGACCACCUAGAAACUAAAAGCGAACUCAAAAACAGUUGCCUACUUUUGGGGAGCGCAUUCAAACACCAGGUGAACGAAAAUAUAAAAAUAAAACAUUACGUUCUGGAACUCCUGUUCGCCUGGUAAUUUAAACCGAAAUUAAAUUUUUAUGGCACAAAAUCGCCUGAAUGAGUAAUGAAAUUGUAUUUUUUGGCAAAACUUUUGAAAACAACAUAGAGGAGAAAUUGUAAGUUUUUCAUUCU